UUACAUUCUCAUGAAUAUCGUGAAAAACAAAAAUUUACAGGAAUUGGACCUGUUGACAAGCAUACAAUUGAGCAAGGACAUAGUACAGAACAAGAGCAGAAGUUAGUGAGGGAUGUUCUCAUCUCUGCUUAUGACAAGAACAUUUCCCCCAGAUUGAAAGCCGAAUUAUGCAGUUUGGAAGUCAAUAACUACAAUUACACAAAAGAUGCAUCCCCUAGAAAAAAUGUGAAGUCAGAGCAAUGGUGUACAAGUUGGUGGCAUCAAUUCAAGGUGCUGAUUAUGAGGGGGCUGAGGGAGCGGAGAUAUGAAGCCUUCAACAAGCUAAGAAUCUUCCAAGUCAUAAGUGUUGCUAUACUUGGUGGACUCCUUUGGUGGCACACGCCGACAUCCCACAUUGAAGAUCGUAUUGCCAUGCUUUUCUUCUUCUCCGUGUUCUGGGGCUUCUACCCUUUAUACAAUGCUGUUUUCACAUUUCCCCAAGAAAGAUCUAUGCUAAUGAAGGAACGUUCAUCUGGAAUGUAUCGCCUCUCCUCCUACUUCUUAGCCAGAACCUUUGGAGACUUGCCACUGGAGCUCGCACUUCCAACUGCAUUUACCUUCAUAAUCUAUUGGAUGGGUGGGCUCAAGCCCAAUCCUGUCACUUUCAUCCUUUCCCUUCUUGUUGUCCUUUACAAUGUCCUUGUUGCACAAAGUCUUGGUUUAGCUAUUGGUGCAAUACUCAUGGAUGUUAAACAAGCCACUACUUUAGCCUCAGUUACAACCCUUGUCUUCCUCAUUGCUGGGGGGUAUUAUAUUCAACAAAUCCCUCCUUUCAUAGUCUGGUUAAAGUACUUGUGUGACAAAACGAGUUGUAUCCAUUACCAUCCUUGUAAAGCCAAUAUAGUUGCAGAUGCACUAAGUCGGAAGGGCACGGGGAAUAUGGCAAAUUUACUUACGGAACAAAGAGAGUUAUUGGCUGAAUUAGAUAAAAUGAGUUUGGACCUUGUGAUGUAUGAACGAGAAGCCAUAGUAGCAGCAGUGAUGGCUCAACCGACAUUAAUUGAAGAGAUUAAACUAUGUCAGAUGGAGGAUGAAAGUUUGAAGAGGAUAUGUGAUGAGCUAGAGACAAAACUGAUACCAGGAUUCAAUUUGAUGAAUUCACAAGUAAAAGCAGAGCAUCAAAGACUGGCAGGAUUAUUGCAACCCCUUCCAAUCCCGAAAUGGAAGUGGGAACAUCUGACCAUGAACUUUGUUGUAGGGUUACCACAGACUCCUCGGGAUAUGAAUUCUGUAUGGGUCAUUGUAGACCGGUUAACUAAAUCUGCCCAUUUUCUACCCGUGAAAACUCAGUAUAAUGCGGACAAACUUGCUGUAAUCUAUGUGAAUGAAAUAGUGAGACUCCACGGUGUUCCAGUUCCAUAG